UGCUGUCAUUUUAUACGCAAGUCAUUUUGGCAUCAAAGUCAUUCCGGCAUUUGGAAAUUGGAUUGUUUGUCGCCUCAUAGACAAUUUUGAAGAACAUUAUAUACAGUUAUGUUUCUAACACGUUCUGAGUACGAUCGUGGUGUAAACACCUUCUCUCCCGAGGGCCGCCUCUUCCAGGUGGAGUAUGCCAUUGAGGCCAUCAAACUGGGUUCCACUGCCAUCGGCAUUUGCACAAACGACAGCGUUGUUUUGGCCGUGGAAAAGCGCAUCACCUCGCCGAUGAUGGUGCCAAAGACAGUCGAAAAGAUUGUUAAAGUAGACGAGCACAUUGGCUGCGCCACCUCUGGCCUGAUGGCCGAUGCGCGCACUUUGAUAGAGCGUGCACGUGUCGAGUGCCAGAACCAUUGGUUCGUCUACAACGAGGCCAUGACCGUCGAGUCGUGCGCCCAGGCCGUCGCCACGCUGGCCAUACAGUUCGGCGAUAGCGGCGACAGUGAUGGCGCCUCCGCCAUGAGUCGUCCCUUCGGCGUGGCCAUACUCUUUGCCGGCAUCGAGAAUGGCAAGCCUCAGCUCUGGCACAUGGAUCCCUCCGGUACUUACAUAAAACACUGCGCCAAGGCGAUCGGCUCUGGCAGCGAGGGCGCACAACAGAACCUGCAGGAAAAAUACACGCCAGAGAUGUCGCUGAAAGAUGCCAUCGAUCUGUGCUUGAACACGCUCAAACAUGUCAUGGAGGAGAAGCUUAACGAGACCAAUGUCGAGCUGAUGACCAUGACAACGUCAAGGAAAGAGUUCACCAUGCUGGGUGAGGAUGAGGUUAAGAAACUAAUCGAGGAACUGGUCUAAAUGAAUUACAGCUGCAUUUUCUCUAAACACAUGCAACAUUUUGGUUAUUUAAAACUAUAUGUGAAUAAAGGGAUUAUAAAUCGAUUUGCU